AUAAACGACCACCUGAAGUAACCACCUGCACAUUUAACCCAUACCCGAUCACUGAAGGUCAUACAGCUACUUUAGCCUGUUCAUUGACUGCUGCUAACCCAAGGGAAAGCAUAAAAUGGAGCUGGGUCAAGUCAGACCAACCUGAUAAUGUCUUCGAAACAGGUUCUACUUACUCAAUACCCAAUAUCAAGAGAGGGCAAGCAGGGAGGUAUGAGUGCAGGGCUACCAACUCUAUAGGGACAUCUGAGCCAGUAACGAUUGAAAUAGAUGUUCAGUAUAAACCUGAAGUAACCAGCACCACAUCAAACCCAUACCCGAUAACAGAAGGUCAUACAGCUACUUUAGCCUGUUCAUUGACUGCUGCUAACCCAAGGGAAAGCAUUAACUGGAGCUGGGUCAAGUCAGACGAACCUGAUAAUGUCCUCAAAACAGGUUCUACUUACUCAAUACCCAAUAUCAAGAGAGGGCAAUCAGGGAGGUAUGAGUGCAGGGCUACCAACUCCAUAGGGACAUCUGAGCCAGUAACGAUUGAAAUAGAUGUUCAAUAUAAACCUGAGGUUUGUUCUACAUGUACCACUCAAGGCUCAUACAAGAUUAUAGAAGGUCAGACAGCGACUUUUAUUUGCAAGUUGAUAGCUGCCAAUCCAAACACAGGCGUCACAUGGAGAUGGUUCAAAGCAGAUCUGCCCAGUAAUAUCCUACAUAGCGGACCUACUUUCACUCUGCCAAAUAUUCAAAGAGAACAGUCAGGGACUUACUGGUGUACAGCUUCUAACAUCAUUGGUAUAUCUUAUCCAGUUACAAUACAUGUAGCUGUGCAAGAUAUUCCUGCAAUUACUAUUCAAGGAUACUUGGAAGUUGUAUGUGGAGAAACAGCAUGUAUUAAAGCGGAGAUACAACAAGAGCACAGCUGGUCAACGACUUGGUACAGAGUGACCGGUGGCACUUUAAAACAGAUUGAUUCAGAUACAAACAAAUAUGCCAAAACCACCAAUAGAAAACUGGUAAUACAGAGAGUAUCGAAAGAUGACCAGGGCGAAUACCAGGCCAUUAUAACAGGAAACCCAUUUGGACAGUAUUUGAAGGUUUCAAGCGAAGUGUUUACAUUAAAGAUACUAGGAGAGCGACCAAUUCUUCAAAAGUUAGAAGCUUCACUGCAAAGAGAGGGAAUAAGCUUUCAUUACGAGUAUGAAGUUUUACAAGGAUCUCCGAAGGCUAACUGCAUUACUUGGACAAGAAAUGGCGAAACUCUCAUCAUAGAUCAUGAUAAGUACAUUGGUGGGGAUAUAAAAAACAACUCUCUGACAAUAAAAUUCCCCACAAUGCAGGAUAUUGGAAAAUACACGUGUACUAUCAGUAACGCAGUUGGUGCUGUAUCAAAGUCGCUAAUUAUAGAUGAGGACCUUUUAAUUGGAAGAUGGGCAAGCAACUUGAAAUUGGCUAAUGUCGGAAAAUGGAACAACUUGGUCGGUUCACCACCAACUUCAGAUUUAGAAAGUAUUAAGAAAGCUUUAAAUAACAGUGAUCCUCCUCAGGAAGUAACAGAAAAACUCAUGGAGAACUCCACUGAACGUAAUUGGCCAACUGGACUUCAUACUCGUCAAAAAAGGGAAGAAAAUUCAGAAUUGUUUGAGCGAUUCAAAACAAGGAAAAUAAAAGGCAAGCAGGCCGUGGUUAUUUUGUUCUUUGAAAAUAAGCAUAUGCCAGAAGAUCUGAUAAAGAAGCCAGGAAUCGUCAUCACAUUUUGUGGAGGAGUGAAAUAAAUGGUACAUUACAUGAUUGAAGAAAGCUCACAGUUUAAUCUAGAUGUAUUACAUCACAACUUAUAAUGCAGAUGUCAACUAUUCGGAAUUAGAAGUCAUAAAUAUUUUUUUCUGUGAAUAUU